AUGUUGUAUAAUCAAAAAUAGCAACCUCCCACUAAUAAAACAGUUCACCCUUAACAUUACCAUGAAUUCAUUAUUAAGAAGAAAAGAUGUAGGAAUACUUCGCUCAUAGAGACUGAAAUGAUGAGUAUUGAGAACCUUGACUACUCAAGGAAAAAAACUAACAUUAAAACAUAGAAUGGAAUGAGGCCAAUGUCAUCCCGAAGAGAUUCAGCCCUUAAAAUAAAAUCCAAAUUAUAGCAAAAUCAUCAUUACUAUGACAAUGCUAGUACCACUCACAAAGAUAACCAUAGAAUACUUUCCGCCAGUCACAAAGAUAGGAAAUAGCCAAAAGAGAUGCUUAACAAUGACAUCUAUGAAUUUCUAAAAUCAUUCUAGAAGAGUGACAAUGAAGAAACACUCUUUGAUCAAUUCUCUGAUAAGCACCGUGAUGGAAACGGACAUAAAAACUUAAAUCAAAGUUAAGUCUAAUAAGUAAUUGAAAUGCAAAAAAAUAAACAGUAUUAGAUAAAGUAAGGAAGCUAAGAUUUUCAGCAGAUAAAUCAAACAAUUUUUGUCAUUGAUAGCAAAAUAAUAAGACAAGAAAGGAAAUAGCUCUAGUAGAAGAGGCAACACUUGCUUAAGAAAUAUAGCAACUUUCAAGUUAAUGAUUAAUAAAAAUAAACAAUGCCUGAAAAGUCAAAAGAGAAAUAAGCUUCUAAUGAUGCUGCUAAGAGUAUGAAUGUGACUCAAUCAACUCAAGAAGCAUCUUCAAGAUCAAGCAACGAGCUAUAAGAAAAUUUCCAAAAGCUUAAUAAACUAGUUUCUAGUGCUAAAAAUAGAAGCUCCAAGGCAAAACAUAUUAACUAGCUUGACUGUUCUAGUUUGAACGGCUUUAAGUUUCUCACUAAUGAACUAUUCUAGAAUUAGUAUUUAAAAGGAAUAUAGCAGCAAAUUGAGAAGCUUAAGGAGUCAGAUCCAAGAACUCCGAAAAACCACACGUCUAAUUAAAUCAAGAAGGGAAGAUAAAGCGCAAAUAGGCUUCAUUCAAGAGCUGCUGAGUUAACCUAUAGAAAAUAAGAAUUGCUUCCUUUAUUCAAAAACUAAUUUGACUUUUAUCAAAAUUAAAUCAACGAUAAGCAGUCAUCAAGAAUACUUAGUUCAGGAAGAGCUAGAAACAGACUAGGAUUAGUGGCUCAGAGAACGUAGGAACUCAAUGAGACUCUGAAAAUAACUCCUCUUAAUUUCACUGUUUUGCAGAUUCCUACUCAAGACAAGCACCUUAAAAAUAGAAGACUUAUUAUUCAGUGA